CACAGGUUGUUGUGUUGUUGUGCUAGAGUUUUGUGAAAUAUUUACUUUUUAUUAGUUCUACUAAUGCAUAGACAGAAACAAUGCUAAAUAUUCAAAACUACGGUAGUAGCUCUGAAGAUGAGGAGGAUGCAGAUAAGGGGGUUGAAAAGCAGCACAGCAACGAGGCCUUGUUGACUCAUUUGAAACCUGUUGAUCCCAAUUUCUCUGUUGCUAAAAGCAUGCAGAUAUGUUCAGCCCCUGUUAUUGUUCCAACGACUAACGACGACACUAGGAUGUUACUCAAAGCUGGACAGGAAUUAAUGCAUAAUCCUAAGGUUGAAGAGUUGUAUGCACCGUCGUAUGGCCCGGAGAAUCCCUUCCAAACACAACAAAUGAAAGCAAACAGAAAUAUGCUCUCCGGCUAUGUAGAGAAAGCACAUAUUAGUGAAUUUCAGUUUGAAAACCAAAGAAGAACAUUUACUAGCUACGGAUAUGCCAUAGAUCCCUCUACAGAACCAACAGAAGGAAAUGACUCUGUUGUCUUGUCGGCUAUGGUCGCACCCCCAGAGGAAACAGAAGGUAAAACAGUGUUUGAGAACAUAAAGAAAAGGCCACUAGAUAAGAAAAAGAGACAUAAAAACGACAACCCUGACGAUGUGAAUGGAUUUUUAGGACCCUGGGGUGGAUAUGUAGGGGAACAAAGGGUGAUGAAACCUGAGGGUGAAGUGGCUAAAGAAUUAGAAGAAAUCCUGGCUAAGAGGCAGAAGAAGGGCAAAGUUGAAGAUGAUAAACCUUUGGAGGAGAAAUCUAUAUUCCAUAUUGACAACGCGACGGACUACCAGGGUCGGUCGUGGCUGGAGGCACCGCGCGGCGAGACUCAGCUGCGGAGUGACACACCACCUGACAAAUGCUUCCUACCUAAGGCACACAUCCACACAUGGAAGGGUCACACAAAAGGCGUGGCUGGUGUCAGAUGGUUUCCCAAGACCGCCCACCUCAUGUUGUCUGCGGGCAUGGACUGUAGGGUUAAGAUCUGGGAGGUGUACGGGUCGCGGCGCUGUAUACGGACGUACUUCGGUCACCGGCAGGCGGUGCGGGAUGUCAACUUCUGUAACACCGGCAAACAGUUCCUGUCCGCUGCGUACGACCGCUACAUCAAACUAUGGGACACGGAGACUGGCGCGUGCGUCUCCCGGUUCACGUCUCGCAAGGUGCCCUACUGCGUCAAGUUCCAUCCUGACGAUGAUAAGCAGCAUCUGUUCGUUGCUGGUACUAGUGACAAGAAGAUUAUAUGUUGGGACACCAGAAGCGGCGAGAUAGUCCAGGAAUACGACCGGCACCUGGGCGCCGUCAACACCAUCACCUUCGUCGACGACAACCGCCGCUUCGUCACCACCUCCGACGACAAGAGCCUGCGCGUGUGGGAGUGGGACAUACCGGUCGACAUGAAGUAUAUAGCGGACCCGGGAAUGCACUCCCUGCCCGCCGUGACCGCGGCGCCGAACGGCAAGUGGCUGGCCUGCCAGUCCAUGGACAACCGCGUCGUGGUCUUCUCAGCGCUCAACCGGUUCAAACUCAACCGCAAGAAGAGUUUCACUGGACACAUGGUUGCGGGUUAUGCGUGUUCGGUUGACUUCUCGCCGGAUAUGAGUUACUUGGUGUCAGGUGAUGCUGACGGAAAAUGCUAUAUUUGGGACUGGAAGACGACGAAACUAUACAAGAAAUGGAAAGCUCAUGACGGAGUCUGCAUCACCUCGCUCUGGCACCCACAUGAGCCCAGCAAACUGCUCACGGCCGGCUGGGACGGAGUCAUCAAGUACUGGGAUUAAAUCAUAAGACUUCAUUUCAAGAUAUACAUUUAAUUCCCAAAUUAAGAUAUUUUUUUUAAAUUCUAAACAGUUACACCGUUUACCAUAAAUAGAUCAACUAAAUAAACUUUAUAUAAAACAACAUA